UAUCUUCCGAAGUAACAACCUCGAUGUCGGUGAAGGAGUGCGAUCACCACAGGAAGAGGAGGCAAGUAAUAAUAAGAAGAAUAUGCGGUGGAAUCUUAAUAUUCGUGUUCUUGGUGUUGCUAGUAAUAUUAAUAAUAUGGGCAGUACUAAGACCGACGAAACCAACCUUCAUACUCCAAGACAUAACGGUUUAUGCCUUCAACGCCACCGUCGCCAACUUCUUAACCUCCAAUUUUCAGGUCACCUUGACUUCUCGCAAUCCUAACGACCACAUCGGCGUCUACUACGACCACCUCGCCGCCUAUAUUAGUUACCGGAAUCAGCAAGUUACUUACCGGACCGCCAUCCCCGCCACCUAUCAGGGACAUAAAGAAGUCAACGUAUGGUCACCGUUUGUUUACGGAACAAAUAUUCCGAUUGCUCCGUUCAACUUUCAGAGUCUCAGUCAAGAAGAAAAUGAUGUCAUCCUUGUCACCCUCAGAGUUGACGGCAAGGUCCGUUGGAAGGUCGGCGUGUUCGUCUCCGGCCACUACCACAUCCAUGUCCGUUGCCCUGCGUACAUUAAUUUCGGCUCGCAGGGCAACGGCGUCAAGGUUGGCCCGGACGGCGCCAUGAAGUGGAUGAUGAUCCAACGUUGUGCUGUUAGCGUCUAAACCUUUAAUUUAAUCCAAUUUUUAAUUAGUAAAAUUUUUUGUUAAUGUGGUACGUACAUUUUUAUUUUACUGUAAUUUUCUACCUUUGUUAUGGUUUUAUUUAAUGUGUCACUUUUGUGUAUGAAUUGUUAGGUAUAAAUUGAACUGUACAUUUUGCUAUAGGGAGGUGAAAUAGCUAUAUGAUAUAGCAAAAUUAUCAAGUUGUAAUAAAUAAUAAUUUAAUUACAUGCAAUAUAUAAUAAUAAUGAGCUACGAUGGAA